AACUUAUACAUUCGCCCUUGGCCUUCGGUGACGCCUACGUGUAUGACGUAAUGUUCCCGAGUUGUUUUCUUCCUUUCUUCUAUCCCUGUCUGCUGCGUGGGGGUCUUUAUCAAUGGCGCGUUAGACACACAUAAUUUAACAUUGCCCGGACCUACAGAAAGCCUGGAAACUAUUCUCAUAAACGUGCAUUGUGUCUAGCUGUCAAGGGCAACUCUCAAACAUAACAAGCCAAAAGCAAUGCUCCACUCCCUUGGAGGGGAAAUAACAAUACACCCUGUUUGUGCCAAAGGUGUAUAUCCGAUGUUUCGAGAAGCAUUGUAGAAAUAUAUAUACGGUUACAUAAUUUUGAAAUAACAGACCAGUAUGUUCACAUUUACACUGCGCCGAUAACCGGACCUUUCAGAAUGUACCCCAAAAGAAAGCAAAUAUUACGACUAUAUCAAACUACUAUAUUUAUUUCUACGUACAGAAGUUCACAAGAAUGUAUCAAGUUCAGUUGCCGAAUUAAGCACGCCCCUCUCCGCGGAACUCAAAUCUUUAAGCUAGAGUUACAAGAAGUUCCAUUUUUCCGUCCACACACCUUUCCCCCAACUUAACUGUGGAUACGGUCACAAAACUACAUUUGCGUAACAAGCAAGGGUCGGUAAAACUUAAGCUCGUCACGUCUUCUACACCCCUUACUAAUAAUGACAUUUUGUGUUGCUGCCAGGGCAAUAACCAAAUGGCGUUCCUUAAUUCUCCAUUCGGGCUCAGACAGAUUAGACCUUGGCACAUCGUGACGUGUGCGUGAAUAGAGCUUUGUUGUCCCACAAAGUAGGCCUAUCGCGAACGGUCGCCCUGAGUUUCAUUUUAGCCCACCACGAAGUUGGACUGAAGCAGGACACUCUAACUAAGAUGGCGAGAAAGUUGUGCGAGCUCCUUUUCCUCGUCCUACUGUGCGGCACGUUUGCGUCAAGCGUGUACCAGAGACGGGAGGUGUUGGAUAAGGACGGCAAAUAUGUGCUGAGUUGGACGGUGGACGAGAAGGACAAAGCUGUGACGUUUUCGGUAGAAGUUGAGACGAGCGGGUGGGUAGGACUGGGCCUGUCUCCGCACGGGGGUAUGUCUGAGUCGGACAUCGUCAUCGGAUGGGUGGAUGGAGAUGGCAACGCCUUUAUUAUUGAUCGCUAUGCCACAGAAAACGGUGUCCCUGCCAUAGACACAACAAGCCAGGACUGGGUACUACUGUCGGGGUGGGAGAAUGGCACCCAUACCAGCAUCAGCUUCAAGAGACCGUUUGACACGUGCGACGAACAAGACAGGGCCAUCCAGGACGGGACUUCACGUGUGAUCUUCGCGUGGAACGACGCUGACCCAGUGGUGGACGUUGCUCCUGCCUAUCAUGACGCUAACCGCGGAGCUAAGUCCGUGUUGUUACUGGACAAGGAUCCAGAACAGACUCCGCUUCCUGACAAUGUGCAAACGUUGGAAAUCCUGGUGUCAAAAGUUCACGUGCCAGCAGAGGAUACCACUUACUGGUGCCAGUGCUUCAAAUUGCCGAUGCUCGGGACGAAAUACCACGUUAUCAAGUGGGAACAAGUCGUCCAGCCCGGACACGAGACCCUGGUGCACCACACCAUCGCCUACUUCUGCCCGCCGGGGACGAACGAGUCUCUGGUCGGGCUGGGGGAACAUUGCUACGGGCGACGGUCCUCUACCGGAAUGGGGGAGCACUGCAACUCCCGCAUCCUGGCUGCGUUUGCCGUUGGUGGAGGGCCCUUCACCCUCCCGAAUGAUGCCGGCUUGCCACUCGGAGAAGACAGCGACCCCACUCUGAUCAUGCUGGAAAUGCACUACGACAAUCCAGACUUACGUAACGAUUAUUACGACAGCUCCGGAGUCCGUAUUUACUACACGACCGAUUUGCGGCAGCAUGACGUGGGUGUGUUGGAGACGGGGCUGGAGAAUGACGGCGGUCCCCACAUGAUGGUUCCACCCGGGGCCAACACUUUCACAUCAAGGUUCUUCUGCUACCCCGACUGCCUGAAAAAUAAAAUGGCGGCUCAGUCCGUCGACUCCGUCACUGUGAUUGGUGGGAUUCUCCACUCCCAUCUGGCGGGCGUGGCCAUCCGGGCACGUCACUUCCGGGGAGGUGUCGAGCUUCCGCCAAUAGCAGAGGACGAGACAUACGACUUCAACUUCCAACAGACAAGAUACCUCCAUCAUCCGGUGGAGAUAAGGAAGGUANACUACAUUGUCACGGAAUGUGACUACAAGACCAUGAAGCGUCCACAUGUAACCAUUGGCGGCCUGCCCACGUACCGUGAGAUGUGCCUGGCGUUCCUCAUCUACUACCCGCGGUUAGAGCUGACCCAGUGCGUGUCCAUGCCGACUUACGCCGCCACUCUUCGCUUCGCGAGCGUCGAGACAGUCCGUGAGGGUUAUUAUGGAAUGGUAGAAUCGCCGACCGAGCUGGCCGGGAAGUCCAGCGUGUGGAUCAUGAACAACAUGAACUGGACGGACCGCCUGGUGCAGCGGUUCCAGGAGCACGCGCUGCGGGCCAGCCACUACUUCUUCUGCGAGGAUCAACAGAACCAAGUCCCGAUUGGCCAGUGGCCCCGGGGCGAGGAGCGGGCUCCCAUACCGAUGACCGGACCGUUCCAGCCGAAGACGAGCGCCUGUCAGGUCUACACCAGCGGAGGUGAGACUGCCGCUCGGCAUGUCUGUCCGUUUCUCAUCCUGGUGCUGAUAACGUUUCCUGCGGCGCUGAUGUCAGUCACUGCGCUGUAGUGGCCCCACUCAUGAGGCGCUGCCAAAAAUAGUACCGCACACCUACAUCUGCGUAUCAUAACAUGGUCGUUUAGAGAAUAGAACUUACGUGAGACAGAGAGAGAGAGAAAGAGAAAGAGAAACGGUUACUUGCAAUUGCCCAAGACCUAAUCGUUCAUCAAUCACCUGUUCUGCCAAUAGUGGCAGUAACAGUAAUACAUGUAGUUUUUAGUCUAGAAGACAAAAAAGGUUUCCUUAAGUUUCUAAAAUAGUUGAAGGGUCGUCUGUGUCCAGGGCUGUAACUGGCCCCUCCCCGUAGAGGAAACCGGAUGUCGGGCAGGCUGCUAUAAGCAA